AUGGCCAGUCUAGAAGAUUUGAUCCCCACAGUCAACAAACUUCAGGAUGUUAUGUACGAUGCUGGGAUUGAUACAUUAGAUCUCCCUAUCCUAGCCGUCGUAGGUUCUCAAUCAUCCGGUAAAUCAUCAAUUCUAGAGACACUUGUCGGUAAAGAUUUUUUACCAAGAGGUACGGGUAUUGUUACUAGAAGACCAUUGGUUUUGCAAUUGAAUAACAUUUCUCCAGAUUCACCAUUGAUCCAUGAAUAUCAGGGAAGUCAGACCGCAGAGGAUGUACAAGAGAAUGGUGAACAUGAAAUGACUUUAGAAGAUCAUCUGAGAAAGAAUAACAAGAAUUACCAACCGCCCACGCAUGAAGAAUGGGGGGAAUUCUUACAUUUACCAGGUCGUCGUUUUUACGAUUUCAAACAAAUUAGACAAGAGAUUGCUAAUGAAACUGCAAGAAUUGCCGGUAAAGAUAAAGGUAUCAGUAAAGUGCCUAUAAAUUUAAAGAUUUUUUCACCCCGUGUAUUAAAUUUGACUUUAGUGGAUUUACCAGGUAUCACUAAGGUCCCGAUUGGUGAACAACCUCAUGAUAUUGAAAAGCAGAUUAAAAAUUUACUUUUGGAAUAUAUUGCUACUCCUAGUUGUAUCAUUUUAGCGGUAUCGCCUGCAAAUGUCGAUUUGGUAAACUCUGAGUCUUUGAAAUUAGCUAGAGAAGUUGAUCCUCAUGGUAAGAGGACCAUAGGUGUUAUUACUAAACUAGAUUUAAUGGAUUCUGGAACCAAUGCUCUUGACAUUUUAUCAGGUAAGUUAUAUCCUUUAAGACUAGGGUUUGUCGGUGUGGUUAACCGUUCUCAACAAGAUAUUCAAUUGAAUAAGACUGUAGAGGAAGCCCUAGAUAAUGAACAAGAAUAUUUUAAUAGACAUCCCGUUUACAGAACUAUUUCUAGCAGAUGUGGUACUCGGUAUUUGGCUAAACUGUUAAACCAAAUUUUGAUGUCUCACAUUAGAGAUAAAUUACCAGAUAUUAAGGCAAGAUUGAACACUCUGAUUGGCCAAUCAGAGCAGGAAUUGGCUUCUCUAGGUGAUACUGGGGAUAUCACUAGUGAAAAUAGGGCAGGUCUUGUUUUACAAUUAAUGAACAAAUUUGCUACAAAUUUUAUCUCUUCUAUUGAUGGUACUUCAUCUGCUAUUAGUACGAAGGAGCUAUGUGGUGGUGCACGUAUCUAUUACAUUUACAACAACAUUUUUGGCAAUUCGCUUAGAUCUAUUAGCCCUACUGCCAAUUUGACUAUCAUGGAUAUUAGAACCGCCAUUAGGAAUUCUACGGGGCCAAGACCAUCUCUUUUUGUCCCUGAACUUGCAUUUGAUCUUUUGGUCAAACCACAGAUUAAAUUAUUAUUAGAUCCAUCUCAACGUUGUGUGGAACUCGUGUAUGAGGAAUUGAUGAAGAUCUGUCAUAAUUGUGGUACCAAUGAGUUAGCCAGAUACCCAAAAUUGCAUAGCAUGUUAAUCGAAGUAGUUAGCGAACUAUUGAGAGAACGCUUGGGCCCCACAAGGUCUUAUGUGGAAAGCCUCAUUGAUAUUCAUAGAUCCUACAUCAAUACCAAUCAUCCUAAUUUCCUCAGUGCUACAGAGGCAAUGGCUGAUAUUGUAGAAACACGCAAGAGAAACGGUGAGCUUCUUGCUAAACAAAAACUCCAACAAAAGAAGGAGUUUUUACAAAGAGAGAUUCGAAAAGAAAGAGAUGCAGAAGGGAUACACGAAUCAAAUCCCGAAUCACCUCGAGUUGAAUCUGAUUCUACUGCAGAGAGUGAAUCGGAUGAGGAUGGUGAUAACGCAGACAUGAAACAAUCAAAGGAUUCAUUUUUGAAAUAUUUUUUCGGUAAGGAACAAUCAUCUCAAGAUCAUCAACAUCACGGAGGUACCCAUGGCCAUAGUAGACAGCAGUACUCCGCUCAAAAUGAUAUGAACGGCCAAACAUUAAUUGAUAUGAAAAACCUCCAAAUCAAUGGAAGCGGUGCUGAACAAGAUAGUUCGGAUGAUAGUGAAGAAAACAAAGAGCCGCAAUUAACAGAAAGGGAAGAACUUGAAUGUGAGCUAAUUAGGAGGUUGAUUGUAUCCUAUUUCGAUAUUAUCCGCCAAAUGAUCGAGGAUCAGAUUCCAAAGGCUGUCAUGUGCUUGCUUGUCAAUUUUUCCAAAGAAACUGUUCAAAAUAGGCUGGUUACCAAGUUGUACAAAGAAUCCAUGUUUGAAGAACUAUUAAUGGAGGACCAGACUUUGGCACAGGAAAGAGAUAAAUGCAUUCAAGUAUUGGCCACUUAUAAGAAGGCAUCGAAUAUUAUUAGUGGUACCUUGUAA